AUGGUCUCCAGGCAGUGCAAUAAUUGUUGGUGUUUAUUACUCCUCUUAUCAUUAAAUCUGGUUAAACCUUCCUUUGGAUACUUCGAUCUUUUUCUGAAUCAUUCGGAAGUAAUCAAACUGAUGGGCAUCGAGGCCGAUCUGUUCUACGUGCGGGACGGGGCCAUUAACGACUAUGCCAUCAGCUUCGUGGUUCCGAUGAAGACCGGCAUCGACGAUUUGCAGUUUUCCUGGCAGAGCCGAACCGCGUAUCCGCUUCCGUACACGAUAUCGGUCCACUAUGACGACAACGAGGGCGCCCUGCAGCAUCCGGAGCUGAACAUCCCGAGCAGCGGUAUCAUACCGAGGACGGUAGAGACGUUCACGGUUCAUCUGCUGUGUUCUGGCAAUGUGUCGAAAGAGGUGCCGGUCGGGAUUCACCUCCAUGUCGAAGGACCACCGAAGCAAAACGAUACAAAAUUGAUAAUCAAACGAAAUAAAAUUUGCAUUAAAGGCAUCUUCCCACCGCGACACCGACUCCCAGCGGCAGAAAUAGCUCCACCACAGGGACCCGCCUUACUCGGUGCCGCCGCUUGUGCUCUCGGCUUGGUGCUGGUGGUGGGGCUCAUCGCAAGCGCCAUGUACGUUCGUGCCCGCAAGCAGAUCCGCCAGGAUUCACUACACACCAGCUUUACCACUGCUGCUUAUGGCAGCCAUCAGAAUGUUUUCAUCCGUCUGGAUCCCCUGGGGCGACCACCUAGUGCUAACAGCGGCUCCUACGCUACGAUUGCCAGCCUCAACAAAUACCCCAUCAGCGAGUCGAAAAAGUCAUGGUUUCGAAGUACACCGUCCCCAUCGCCGUACGCCACGGCACUGCUACCACUGAACCAUGGCCACAGCAACGGCGGACUCGCCGCCACGGAAUCCGUUUAUGCCAAGCCCGAAUCGGUCUGUCCGUCCCGGGUGUCCUAUUACGCUUCGUCACAACUGACGCAGGUGUACAGCCUAUCGACUCCGGCUCGAAGUAUCCAUAGCAAUAGCUCUAACCCAAAGGACAAGCUCCGGCGCAUUGCCGUCUCACCGGACACCAUAAUCUGCCAACAAUUGGCGCAGGAGGGAACCUACGGCCGGAUCUUCUACGGUAUUCUACAUCAUCCCCUCGGGGAAACCAGAGAUGUCCUUAUCAAAACUGUUGUUGAUGGUGCCUCGCUAAGCCAAGUGGCCUAUCUACUAUCGGAAGGAUCAACGUUGUGCGGAGUGUCCCACCCCAAUAUACUGUUUCCGGUGGCAGCUGUCACCGAGCUUUCGGGCCCACCGAAAGUCGCCUAUCCACUGGCAGCCAAGGGAAAUCUCAAACUAUACCUUCAAAGCUGCCGGGAUAUCGGCAUGCAGGGCUCAGGCGUGUCGCUAAGCACCCGACAGCUGGUGGAUUUCGGCCUCCAAGUGGCCCGUGGCAUCUCGCAUCUUCAUUCACUCGGUGUGCUGCACAAGGAUGUUGCCACCAGGAACUGUGUGCUCGAUUCGGAGCAAAAUGUACGAGUCUGUGAUAACGCAUUGUCGCGUGAUGUGUUCCCAAACGAUUAUCAUUGUCUCGGCGAUAACGAGAACCGGCCGAUCAAGUGGAUGGCACUGGAAACGCUGGAGAAGAAGUUCUACACCACAUCGAGCGACAUCUGGAGCCUAGGGGUGCUACUGUGGGAGCUGGCCACACUUGCCGCCAUGCCGUUCGAGGAGGUGGAUUCAUUUGAGCUGGCAGCCUAUCUACGAGAUGGAUAUCGGUUAGCACAACCAGUCAACUGUCCGGACGAGUUCUACACGGUAAUGUCCUGCUGCUGGCUCGCGGAUUAUAAGCAGCGUCCAUCGUUCCCGCAGCUAAUUGCCUACUUGCACGACUUUCACGAGGAUUUGGGCAAGUACGUCUAG